CAGAUCAGUCCAAUCAUAAUACAGAGAUUUCAACCAAUCAGCGUGAGUUUUAUUACCCCGAAAGGCCAAUCAGUGUCGUGUUUGCAAACAUUGCGGCUAGCACAAAUACACAAACAUUCGAAGUUUUAAAGUAUUCUGUCGUGUAAUCGUAGAUUUUCACAGAGAACAUAUCGCAAUGGCUCGUACAAAGCAGACCGCCCGUAAAUCCACUGGAGGAAAAGCUCCAAGAAAGCAACUUGCCACCAAGGCCGCCCGUAAGAGCGCACCUGCAACUGGUGGAGUUAAGAAACCACAUAGAUACAGGCCAGGAACAGUCGCUCUUCGUGAGAUCAGAAGAUACCAGAAAAGUACUGAACUCCUCAUCAGGAAACUCCCAUUCCAGAGAUUAGUUCGUGAAAUUGCUCAAGACUUCAAGACUGAUCUUCGUUUCCAGAGCUCUGCCGUUAUGGCCCUCCAGGAAGCCAGUGAAGCUUACCUCGUUGGUCUUUUCGAGGACACCAACUUGUGUGCCAUCCACGCCAAGAGAGUCACCAUCAUGCCCAAAGACAUCCAGUUGGCUCGCAGAAUCCGUGGAGAACGUGCUUAAACUGACCUUUACUCUAUACAAUAACGGCCCUUUUAAGGGCCACCAAUAUUUUUCAAAAAGAGUCUGAAUUUGUUGUACAUCAAAAUCAAAUAUAGCUGAAACCCUCUCCACAUCUUUCUUUCUUUCUUUCUUUUUUUUUUUAAUCUCAGAAAAUGUUAUACCUAGUUAACUAUUGAAACAAAAUUAAAAAGAAACUUAUUUCAAAACA